GGACGAUAUAAAACGAUGUCAGCGCUGGCAGAUGAUCAUUCAGUUGAGGAUCUUCAAGCGUACAGUACAUCCAAACGGUAGGCAGACAUGAAGGCGUUCAUUGUGUUCUCUGUGGUCCUGGCCCUUGCCAGCGCGGGUGCAGUCGACAGCUCCAACAAGGAAAAGCGAGGACUGUGGGAACUGGGAUCGGCUCAGCACGAUUCGUACGAAAGCUACGGCUAUGACCAUCAGCAGUCCCAUGGAUACUACGGCAACGACUACGUCCAGAAGGAAGUGAAACAGGUCAUCACCAAGAAGGUUCCAGUUCCGUACCCAGUGGAGGUCGAGAAGCAUGUUCCAGUCGAGGUGAAGGUCCCGUACCCAGUUGAGGUCGAGAAGAAGGUCCCGGUCGUCGUUGAGAAGAAGGUCCCGGUGUACGUGGAGAAGAAGGUCCCAGUGCACGUUGACCGUCCAUACCCAGUUGAGGUGAAGGUCCCAGUCCAUGUCCCGGUGUACAAGAAGGAGUAUGUCGAGGUCCCGAAGCCAUACGCAGUUCAUGUCGAGAAGCCUUACCCAGUGUACGUGAAGCAGCCAGUGUACGUCGAGAAGCAGGUCCCAGUGACGGUGCAUAUCAAAGAGCACCACAAGAAGCCAUUCUGGGUGUUUGCGUUCAUUGUGUUCUCUGUGGUCCUGGCCCUUGCCAGCGCGGGUACAGUCGACAGCUCCAACAAGGAAAAGCGAGGACUGUGGGAACUGGGAUCGGCUCAGCACGAUUCGUACGAAAGCUACGGCUAUGACCAUCAGCAGUCCCAUGGAUACUACGGCAACGACUACGUCCAGAAGGAAGUGAAACAGGUCAUCACCAAGAAUGUUCCAGUUCCGUACCCAGUGGAGGUCGAGAAGCAUGUUCCAGUCGAGGUGAAGGUCCCGUACCCAGUUGAGGUCGAGAAGAAGGUCCCGGUCGUCGUUGAGAAGAAGGUCCCGGUGUACGUGGAGAAGAAGGUCCCAGUGCACGUUGACCGUCCAUACCCAGUUGAGGUGAAGGUCCCAGUCCAUGUCCCGGUGUACAAGAAGGAGUAUGUCGAGGUCCCGAAGCCAUACGCAGUUCAUGUCGAGAAGCCCUACCCAGUGUACGUGAAGCAGCCAGUGUACGUCGAGAAGCAGGCGUUCAUUGUGUUCUCUGUGGUCCUGGCCCUUGCCAGCGCGGGUGCAGUCGACAGCUCCAACAAGGAAAAGCGAGGACUGUGGGAACUGGGAUCGGCUCAGCACGAUUCGUACGAAAGCUACGGCUAUGACCAUCAGCAGUCCCAUGGAUACUACGGCAACGUCCAGAAGGAAGUGAAACAGGUCAUCACCAAGAAGGUUCCAGUUCCGUACCCAGUGGAGGUCGAGAAGCACGUUCCAGUCGAGGUGAAGGUCCCGUACCCAGUUGAGGUCGAGAAGAAGGUCCCGGUCGUCGUUGAGAAGAAGGUCCCGGUGUACGUGGAGAAGAAGGUCCCAGUGCACGUUGACCGUCCAUACCCAGUUGAGGUGAAGGUCCCAGUCCAUGUCCCGGUGUACAAGAAGGAGUAUGUCGAGGUCCCGAAGCCAUACGCAGUUCAUGUCGAGAAGCCUUACCCAGUGUACGUGAAGCAGCCAGUGUACGUCGAGAAGCAGGUCCCAGUGACGGUGCACAUCAAGGAGCACCACAAGAAGCCAUUCUGGGUUAAGGUGAAGGCGUUCAUUGUAUUUACCAUGGCCCUGGCCCUUGCCAGCGCAAAGGCAGUCGAAAACUCCAACAAGGAAAAGCGAGGACUGUGGGAUCUGGGAUCGGCUCAGCAUGAAUCGUACGAAAGCUACGGCUAUGACCAUCAGCAGUCUCAUGGAUACUACGGCAACGACUAUGCCGAGAAGGAGGUGAAACAGGUCAUCACCAAGAAGGUCCCAGUUCCAUACCCAGUGGAGGUCGAGAAGCACGUUCCAGUCGAGGUGAAGGUCCCGUACCCCGUUGAGGUUGAGAAGAAGGUCCCGGUCGUUGUUGAGAAGAAGGUCCCGGUGUACGUGGAGAAGAAGUACCCAGUCCACGUUGAUCGUCCAUACCCGGUGGAAGUGAAAUACCCAGUCCAUGUCCCGGUGUACAAGAAGGAGUAUGUCGAGGUCCCGAAGCCAUACGCAGUUCAUGUCGAUAAGCCCUACCCGGUGUACGUGAAGGAGCCAGUGUACGUCGAGAAGCCAGCGUUCAUUGUGUUCUCUGUGGUCCUGGCCCUUGCCAGCGCGGGUGCAGUCGACAGCUCCAACAAGGAAAAGCGAGGACUGUGGGAACUGGGAUCGGCUCAGCACGAUUCGUACGAAAGCUACGGCUAUGACCAUCAGCAGUCCCAUGGAUACUACGGCAACGACUACGUCCAGAAGGAAGUGAAACAGGUCAUCACCAAGAAGGUUCCAGUUCCGUACCCAGUGGAGGUCGAGAAGCAUGUUCCAGUCGAGGUGAAGGUCCCGUACCCAGUUGAGGUCGAGAAGAAGGUCCCGGUCGUCGUUGAGAAGAAGGUCCCGGUGUACGUGGAGAAGAAGGUCCCAGUGCACGUUGACCGUCCAUACCCAGUUGAGGUGAAGGUCCCAGUCCAUGUCCCGGUGUACAAGAAGGAGUAUGUCGAGGUCCCGAAGCCAUACGCAGUUCAUGUCGAGAAGCCUUACCCAGUGUACGUGAAGCAGCCAGUGUACGUCGAGAAGCAGGUCCCAGUGACGGUGCAUAUCAAAGAGCACCACAAGAAGCCAUUCUGGGUGUUUGCGUUCAUUGUGUUCUCUGUGGUCCUGGCCCUUGCCAGCGCGGGUGCAGUCGACAGCUCCAACAAGGAAAAGCGAGGACUGUGGGAACUGGGAUCGGCUCAGCACGAUUCGUACGAAAGCUACGGCUAUGACCAUCAGCAGUCCCAUGGAUACUACGGCAACGACUACGUCCAGAAGGAAGUGAAACAGGUCAUCACCAAGAAGGUUCCAGUUCCGUACCCAGUAGAGGUCGAGAAGCACGUUCCAGUCGAGGUGAAGGUCCCGUACCCAGUUGAGGUCGAGAAGAAGGUCCCGGUCGUCGUUGAGAAGAAGGUCCCGGUGUACGUGGAGAAGAAGGUCCCAGUGCACGUUGACCGUCCAUACCCAGUUGAGGUGAAGGUCCCAGUCCAUGUCCCGGUGUACAAGAAGGAGUAUGUCGAGGUCCCGAAGCCAUACGCAGUUCAUGUCGAGAAGCCUUACCCAGUGUACGUGAAGCAGCCAGUGUACGUCGAGAAGCAGGUCCCAGUGACGGUGCACAUCAAAGAGCACCACAAGAAGCCAUUCUGGGGUUGAAAGACUGUUUAAGAGAUGUAGAGAAACUGGUAGAAUAAAGAUACAAAACUGAAUAUCAA